CACACGAACAGCUGCAACUGUUGACCCGCUUUCUCGCCUGGCCAUGGCGCUUCGGCCAGUUUACGAGGACACUAGUGUCCCUCGUGGUGUCCAGCUGGCACAUCCUAAAGCACCUUCGCCGCAAAUUUCAUACUACGCCAAGGACUCGCCAGCGUGGCGUUGGCGCCGUUGUGCUUCGCCGUUGUCGCACCUUCCUGCGUGCUGCAGGACCGGCGGGGAUGCCGUGUCGUGCGAGGCGGAUGGAGCAACGCCGAAACAGAGCGCAAGGGGCAGGAGGCUUGAAGUUUGGCGGUUGCUACUGUGGCGGCUGUCGCGCACGAAGGCACUGGCACUUCAGAACGGGCUCGGACGGAAUACGAAGCGGCGAGUCACUUCGGCCGGAUCGAGCCGCGACAUCAGCUCGGAUCGACGACUCGGAUCGCUCGGAGUGAGAAGGAGGCGCACGUAGACCGCUGGCCGCGGUCGUGAGAUAUACGAAAUCCGGUAGUAGUUGACGAGUUAGGGUGCAGCAGCGUGCAGCGUGCAGGGUGAGCGGCGGCGGCGGUGCGGUGCGGCAAGCAAGAUGGACGUGGUGCUGAUGGCGGCCGGCACGCUGGGCGACGUGCUGCCGUUCCUCGCGCUCGCCGUGCAUCUCGCCGUGCGAUACGGCCACCGAGUCAGGCUAGCCAGCCAUGCGGAGUAUGGUCCCCUCGUGCUGCAGUGCAUGGAGCGAAUGAUGCACAGCGGGCAAGGCGGGGAGAGAGAGGGAGCCAGGCAGCAUGAAGGGGAAGGAGGGAGGGGUGAAUGGAGGGAGGACGGAGACGAGGAAGCAGAGGAGGGAAGAGAAAGGGGGCGUAAUUCGGAAUGCAGUGGAGGAGGAGCGAUGGACUUCUACCCUCUUGCAGGCGACCCCGCUGCUCUCAGCACAUUGAUGGUGCGGAACGGCGGUGUGUUCCCUCGGAGCGUCUCUGAGCUGCGCCUGCUGCGCCAGCAGUACCGCGCCAUCCUGCACUCCACCUGGCCUGCCUGCACCGCUGCCUUCCCCCACCAAACCAUGGCACAGCGCGCACAGUGUGCGCCGGGGGAGGCGGACACCGAGGGGCGCCUUAAUGGGGAUUGGGGUGUGGGAGAGGGAGGGGGCGUGAGGAGCAGUAGGAGGUUCAGGCCGCAUGCCAUCAUUGCCAACCCCCCUGCCGCUGGCCACAUCCACUGUGCGCAGAAGCUGGGGGCGCAUCUGCACAUCCUCUUCACCAUGCCAUGGCGGCCCACAGCAGCAUACGCGCAUCCGUUCUCCCCCUCUGCGCUGCGUGGCCUUGCGUUCCUGUCGCCGGCGUGGGUGCGUGCGCGGGUGCACCGCAUGUCCUACCCGCUGGUGGAGGCCUUUGUGGGGGCGGGCGUCAUGGACAUCACCAAUCAGUUCCGCACGCGCACGUUGCAGCUGGACCCGCUGUUCCUCACGGACCGCCCCUUCUCCCAUCUGCUGCGCCUGCCCAUCCCCUUCUCCUUCUCCUGGAGCCCGCUCCUCGCGCCCAAGCCAAGUGAUUGGAACGAGCUGGUUGACGUGGUGGGGUUCAUUCACCCACCACUGCAUGCCUCUCCGAAGACCACGGCAUCCGCUGCUGCUCCCCCUGCAUCGCCACCCUCGUCCCCGUCUCAACGGCCAACGCUUGACACAGCAGCAUCGCCUGAGUCGUCAGCACCAGCAGAGGAGGAGGCAGCAAGGCCGACAGCAGCAGCAGCAGAAUUGGCAGCAGUAGAAGAACAAGAGGAGCACGAACCGAGGCCCCCAGGCAACCCAGUCCCACUGUCACCACCUUCCUUCCACCCGUCACCGGUCCUUGUCUCCUUCCUCUCCGCCGGCCCUCCGCCUCUCUUCCUGGCGUAUGGCAGCAUGCAGCUGAGCCGGCCGUGCUACGUGGCACGCUGUGUGCUCAAGGCCGUGUCUCUGCUGGGCGUGCGAGCCGUCAUUGGCAGUGCUGCCAUCCGCGAGCACUGCUGCUGCUCCUCCUCCCUCUGCCUUGUGGCUCGCAAGCACAGCCACACUGGGAGGAAAGGAGGUGCAGAGAGGGGGGAGAGAGGCGUGGGGGGAAUGGGGAAUAGCGUGGGGAAAGGCGGAAGAGGCACGCAGAUGGAGAGGAGCGUGGAAGGCAAAGGAAAGGGAGAGGGCGUGGAGGGAGAAGGCAAUCCGGGACGAGUGGAGGUGGGGAAUGGAGAUGAGGAGGGUGAGGGGGGAGGAGGGGAGGGUGAGUGUGAGGUGGUGCAGCAAGGGAGUGUGCUGUUUGUGGGUUCGGUGGCUCAUGACUGGCUCUUCCCACAAUGCUCUGCCACCGUGCACCAUGGGGGGGCGGGCACAGUGGCUGCGUCCAUCAGGGCUGGCUGCCCCGUCCUGCCCAUGCCAUUCUUCGGGGACCAGCACUUCUGGGCUGCUGUGCUGCACAGCCUGGGCGUGGCCCCCCCUGCUCUGCCCAUCCACCGCAUCUCCCCCCUCCGCCUUCUCUCCUCCCUGCGUCUGCUGCUGCAGCCGCCCCUCAAGGCACGCGCCCUGCAGCUCAAGCACCACUUCCUGCUCGAGGGCGAUGGUCUGCCGAGAGCGGCACACUCCUUCCACCUGCACCUGCCACCGCACCUGCACUGCCUGCUGCACGAGAGUCCAGAGGGGCCGAGCAGGGUGAACCACAGUAGUGGACAAGCGCAUGUGGCCAGGCCAGGGCGAGAGCCCCAGGUACAAGUCGACGACGGAUUCCCACAAAUGCACGAAGGACGUGUUGGUACCUGUCAGCAGGAGGAACGGCAGGAGUGUGCAGGGCAGGAGAUGCAGGGGGUUGGGGGGCUAGCAGUGCAGCAAGAAGCGGAGACAUGCAAUGAGGUGCAGACACUGGCUAAACGUAGGCGAUUUUUGCCCCAGAGGUUGGUGGUCUGGAAGCGAAAAAGCCACCAGGAGCAGGCUUCUGACUCGCAGGUACAUUCUAGGGAAGCAACAUCACCUAUUGACUGGGACCAAAUGCUCUACCAGCGUUACUCGCAUUCUCUCUUCAUGGCCUGUUACAAAGUACCCUCAGUCAUUGCGACAUCUCUUACAUUUCAAAAGGCCACCUAGUCAAUAAUGCUUUGAUCUUUGUUCGCAUGAAUGAUUAUGCCUUAAUGAUAGG